AACAAAACAAAAGUUAAAAAGUGAAUUUUUAAGGUUAAGUGAGAGUUGAAAAUUAAACACUAAUUUUAGUGAAAUUAUUUGGAAUUGAUAAAAGUUUUUAAGAUCAACGACUAUGGUUGUAAUGAGUAGCAUGCGAUCACCGACAAUGUCUGCCAAUCUUGGAGAUAAUCAACAGCAAUCACCUCAAGAAUGGGAUAUUAACGACUCUAAUGUUCCCAAUGUCGUGAACUAUGACCUGUUUUCGGAGUGGGCUGAUGGACAUGUAAGACAAGUUUACGACCCAGAUUGUGAAGAAGCAAGGAAACAUUUAUCCGGGUGGGCUAUGAGGAAUACUAACAAUCAUAAUGUUAGUAUUUUGAAAAAAUCUUGUUUGGGUGUGCUUGUCUGCUCACUUAAAUGCAUUUUGCCCAAUGGAGGACAGGUACACUUACGACCGGCCAUUUGUGAUAAGGCUAGGAAAAAGCAACAAAAUACAACAUGUCCAAAUAAACCAUGUCCUGGAGUCUUAGUGAUACAACAAUGUCGAGGUCACUGUGGUUACCCAGUAACGCACUUUUGGCGUCAUACACCCCAUGCAAUAUUUUUCCAAGCAAAAGGACACCACGAUCAUCCACGUCCUGAACCAAAAUCAACUGCGGAAUCGCGGAGAAGUAGUACUAACGGGAGAAGGAUCAAAGGAUUCGGCGUUUUUCUCGAUCGCGAUGCGGCAGUUGGAUCAAAGAUUAUGUCGCUAAAACAAAGAAAACGUCGAACUUCCGGACCAUAUUCUCUUCCAAUGAAAAGAAAUUAUCAACAACAAGAACAACAACAACAACCACCACCACCACUUAUUUCUAAUAAAUGUUACUCAUGCUCGCACCUAGCCUUUGAAUGCACAUGCCCAAGCCAACCCUCAAUACCAUACCAGCAAUACCAACCCUACACACAACCCUCAGAAGCUUACUGGUACCAAAACUCAAACAACACCGAUACCAUCUUCGUAACUCCGCAAUCUCAAACCACUCCACAAUCUCAAAGCACUCAAGAUCCCUACGACUUCCCAACAAUCACGGAAGAAUACUUCCAACCUGGCGAGAUCUUCCAGCUGGACCAGCCUCUGCGAGCCGACUUUCCUUCAAACCCUUCUAGCACCAAUUCAAGCAACAGAUCUCCUUCAACUCUUUUAGAUUUGGGUUCUGGGACCAUAAAGUACCAAGUAAAGUCCCAAGAAGACAUCUACUGGAACCAGCUGGUCAGCGAAGACUCAUCAAGCAGCGCUCUCUCUCAAAAUCAAGAUGAUAAAUUAUACAACCAGCCUAAUUUUGUCUACAAUGCUAACAAAUCAGCUGAAAGCAAAUUUGAAGCUUCUAAUUACCAACGUAAUGAUCUAACAAAAUUAUUAACACCCAAAGUAGUAAUUGAAGAAACUCAGUAUCCUAGUCAGAAUAAUUAUUCUAAUGAAAAUAAUUACUUAGGGUAUAAUUACGAUGAUUAUUAUUCUAUUUAUAAUGCAGAUUUACCAACUGGAAAUAAUUUUUCCAAAAAUAAUAUCCACAAAGCAACUCAAGAUUCUUCAAGGACUAAUUUAAAUCAAUCUAUUGAACCUGAUAAUUAUUUAUGUAAUUAUUCUUGUGAUUUGGAUAAUAAGCUCACUGGUAAUAUAAAUAUUAUUAAUAAAAAUAAUAAUAAUAAUAAUAAUUAUAAUAAUGAAAGUGAUUUAGAUAGCACCUCGUUUGUUGACUACACUUUUUUGGGGUCACUUUGCAAUUCUAAUGAAGAACAAAGUACGCAGCCGGUUAAUCAAUUUGCGUAUUACAAUAAUAAUAAUAAUAAUAUUAUUAAUAAUAAUAAUAAUUGCAUUUCAAUCAAUUACCAGAAUUUAGGCCAAGGGCUUAAUAAAGGGGAUAUUGAUGAUAUGUUUUCGAAAAUACGCUGA